ACACCUGUCAUGGCUGAGUUCGACACGUUACGUUGAACUGUUGGGAGUAGCGACUAAGUUAAGCGCAAUAAUUAUUGAAAAUGAUCAAAACUCAUAUUUACAUAAGUUAGAGAAUUAUGUAACAAAAUUCCAACUCAAAAGUUGACUACCAGUACAAGAUAUUUUUCUGACCACAACUCCUUGAAAUCAUAACCAAUCCAUGAAAUUUCAUUUGUGACUACCAGGUAGAUGGCAUAUAACAUAUUCUGAGACCAACUCACCAAUCAACAGUUAUGUCGUUUGGAGUUCGUCUUCAUCACAAUGAAGGUUGAAUUCCACAAAAAGAAAGGUUACUGUAUUCAGCGGGUGAUUGAGGGACUGAAAAACAUCUUUAAAAUGGCAUUUGACUGUGCUAUAUUUGAAAAUUUGAAGAGUUUUGUGAAAAACAAGCCACCCAUGGUAUUGUUUGUGAUAAGCCUAGGAGCCUUUGCAGUGGUGCUCCUAACCCUCGCGUACAUAGUCAAAGUCAAAGAACUGCCCAAUCCAGAUCUUACAAAGGAAUGGAACAAAUUUUUUGAAAAUUUUGCAGAAGUAGAAUUUUGUGUCUUAGGAAAUCGUACUGAAGAUACCAUAUCUACAACUACAGAACCCAAAUUGUCUGAGACACUAUCAAAAUUACACGAAUCAGUUCUACAUCCUAAAUCUACACCCAGACUAGAAGAUGAAUACACCGUAAACACAUCUAUAUCCAUGUUGAUUGAGGUCACUCCCUCUCAAAGUGAUAGUUUCUUCAACAUAUCAAACAAUGUUACCACACUUCUUGCUGCAGUUAAUGGCAGUGAGCUUGGACUCCGAGGUUUGGCCUCGAAAAUGAGUGUGAAUGUGUCCAUGAUGUUGCCUAUCAAAUGGAAUGAAGCUGUGUGCACUGAUAAAAACUGUCAGAAAAUUCAGAUUCUGACUUGCAUCAAUUUUCAGGGACCCGCUUCAAUAUUUCCCAGCAGAAGACAUUUUGGGGGCUGUACGAGCACUGUCGGUGUCACGGAGGGGGUCAGCGACUACAGCUCCAGAAUGGUGGGCUAUCCCCGCAGUUAUUCCGAGGAAAACCUGUGUGCACAUCUACCCAGGGUCACCAUGAAGUACAAACUUGAUCCCACUAUGAACAUGCUUUUAACACUUGAGGACAGAUCAGUGAUCAACCUUCACUUGAUGCACACCAGCUACUUUCUGUUUGUCAUGUUUGUGACUGUUGCCUGCUAUGCUCUGAUCAAAGGCCAUCCUUCAACACACAAAAGCAAGUCAGGCUCCUACUCAGAGGUACCAACCAAAAUUUGAAAUAUGACACCAAAAAAGGUUCAGACUUAGUGCAAUACAACAUGAAUGUGAUUUCAGUAAGAGAUAUUUACACUCACCUGUUCACCGUGUUCCACUCACUCUGUAAUGAUCGGCAAGUUGUGAUGCUUACAUUCUUUGACCGUGUUGUGAAUUGAAUCUCACACAGAUAGUGCUAUCAACAAGGACCAGGAUAUAGCCAUUAUUUUUUCGUACCUAUGAUGUCAUUGUUAAGUUUUUGUUCUCUGUAUGUGUGUGGUGAAGAUUUAGACCUUCCUGCAACCAACAGCUUUUUCCCUAGGCAGCCAUCUUUUGGCCAGACUCUGCUUUUCCCAUAUUAAGCUUUGCUGCUCUAACUGAUCAUUAUGUUGCAUGUUUAUAUUUUCCUAAGACACCAAGGGAGAAAUGGUGAAAAGAAAAUUCAGUAAUAUCACACUUGUAUUUAUUUGUUUGAAAGAGAACAAUAUUUUCCCAAAGAGAUAUAAUGUAUGCAGGCUAAAACUAGGUAUAUUAAUUAACUCAUUUCCACAUGAAUGGGGAUGGGGGUCAAAAUAUGAAGCAAGAAUUCCUUCUGAUUGCAUAGUAAGGUACAUUAGUAUUUAUCAUAAUUGCAAGUAACAUAUUGUGUCUUGUACUGGCAUAAUAAAAUUUAAUGAUGCUCAUCUGGUAUUUAACUGUUCUUAUCUAGUUUUAAAAUGCAUUGAUUUAAGAAAUGACAUAUUCCCAAUGAUAGCAACAGUGAUUCAUUUUCUCAUCAUAGAUUUUCAAUUUACAUGUAUUUUAUUUUAUGUUAGUAAGUUAAUAAUAAGUCAGGUUUGGUAAUGCAUACAGAGUUCCUAUUUACUGCUCAUUGAAAUUCAUCCACAGGUGUGGAUAAAUGGAACAUGUGUUCCCAGAUAAGUAAUGUGCACUUAAAACUUGUUAUGUAAUUAGUUUAGUUUUGACCAAAAUAUAUGUAUUGAGAAAUAUUCUAAAUACAUUGUGAGUUGUAGAUGAAGGAUAGAUUAUUUUUUUAUGAAUGUUAAAGUACUAAAUUUUGAAAACAGAUACCCAGUCAUAUUUAUGAUUUUGACAAGUCGUACAUUCAGCUUAGUAGGUUAACAUGUCUGUAGUUUGCACUUUAGAGUCUAUCAGGGGAUGAUUUUUUCCCCUGAUUACUUUCUACUAAAAUUGCAAUUUUUUAACCAAAUAAGGUAAAUUUGAAACUCUUCAAUUUCAAAGUACCAUUGUACAUAUCUUCUACUUUCCAUCCAUAUCAGAUAUCUGUGAUUGUCAGCUACACUAAAUGAGAAGUCCUCACCUGAGCCAAAGAAUCAAGCAUGCUUUGCAGAUCAACAUCCAUCUGUUUGUCUUUUCAUAUUCUUCUUAAAAACCCCUUGGCCAAUUUCACCCAGACUUGACACAAAACAUCUUUAAGUAAAGGGGAUUUAAGAGAGCUUCAGAGUUUUACACAGGGAUGUAUAGAAAUGAAACAUCGUUAGAUAAAGGGGAAUUAACAGAGCUUCAGAGUUUUACAUGGGGAUAUAAAGAAGAGAAUUUUUCUCUAGAACCACGACAAGGGAACAAUAUGUCAAAUGGAUAUGCAAGCAUCCUCAUGUAUAGAGUAUCAAAGUUUGUUCACACCAAGACCCCAGAACAGGGCCAUACUAUAGUAAUUAGGAUUUAAUGUUAUGUAAAAUGCUGCUGCUCAGGUGAAUGAUGUGUCCAAUGGGCGCAUUGUUUGAAUAUAUGUGCAUUUAGAUAUACAUGUAUUUGGGGGUGACAGAUGUUCAUGGAAACUUGCAUUUUAAUUAGGAAAUUCUAUUUAACAGCAACCUUUAAACAAGGAAUUUGAAAUUUCUUAGAAAGAGUCAUAGAUAAAAAAUUUCUCGAGAUGGAAGAUAUGUAUUAGUGUUCUGAAAUUCAUAUAUUUUUUGGAAGCAUUUUUUAGCCUUAGGUAUGUUUGUCUAGGACCAGGCACUGAAAGAAUGUGAAGUUUCUCUUAAGUUUAGGAAAACCUAGUUUGACAUGGCUAAGUGUGCAUCUUCAUAACAUGCUGUUCUUUGCCUGUUGCGUUAUGCAUCUGUCCGUCCAUCAUUUAGUUUUAAAGUUCUUUCUAAGUCAACAAACCAUCAGAAUUUUUUUUAUGAAGAAAGGAAAUUUUGACUGAUACAGUAUGGUGUUAUCCAUAAGAAGUGGAAAGAGGAAUUCACUACCACAAGUGUUUAACAAACAUUUACAUUUUCAAUGUUUUUAACUCACCUGAGCCGAAGGCUCAAGUGAGCUUUUCAAAAUUUGUCUGUUGGCGGCAUUGUAAACUUUUCACAUUUUCAUCUUCUUCUCAAGAACCACAAGGCCAAUUAUAACCAAACUUGGCCUAAAGCAUCCUUGGGUAAAGGGCUUUCAAGUUUGUUCAAAUGAAGGGCAAUGCCCCCUUCAAAGGGGAGAUAAUCACAAAAAUAGGGUGGGGUCAUUUAAAAAUCUUCUUCUCAAGAACCACUGGGCCAGAGGAACUGAAAUUUUCAUGAAAGCUUCCUGACAUAGUGCAGAUUCAAGUUUGUUCAAAUCAUGGCCCCCGGGGGUAGAUUGGGGCCACAAUAGGGGAACAAAGUUUUACAUAGAAAUAUAUAGGGAAAAUCUUUAAAAAUCAUCUUCUCAAGAACCAAUGAGCCAGAAGAGCUUAGAUUUACAUGAAAGCUUCGACAUAGUGCAGAUUCAAGUUUGUUCAAAUCAUGGCCCCCGGGGGUAGAUUGGGGCCACAAUAGGGGAUCACAGUUUUACAUGGGAAAUUGAGAAUAAAUAGAAAAAACCUUUAAAAAAUCAUCCUCUCAAGAACCAAUGGGCCAGAGGAGCUGAGAUUUACAUUAAAGCUUCCUGACAUAGUGCAGAUUCAAGUUUGUAAAAAUCAUGGCCUCCAGGGGUAGGUUGGGGCCACAAUACGGACUAAGGUUUUAGAUGCAAAUAUAUAUGGAAAGUCUUCAGAUAUGGGCCAAGGUAACUCAGGUGAGCAAUGUGGCCCUUGGGCCUCUUGUUGCCUGAUAUCUCUACAAAUUGUAAUGAUAACCAUUCCUCAUGAAUGCAUUGCAGUUGUGAACAAUGCACGUAUGAAUACAGAUUAAUAUAGUAGUAUGUUGAUUUUAACGUGAAGCAUUGCAGUUCAUAACCUUUAUGUAUUUUCGAAAAUGGAAUCUAUUUCUAAAAUAGAUCCUGCUUGUACCUCAAUAUCAUAAUGUGCAACAUUGCUGUUUAACUUGCCAUUGAGGAGACAAAUUACAUACCCUACAAUGAGAAGGUUUUAUUAGCCUUAGAAAAGGUGGAUUUGUAGUCAAAUUAACUUUUCAGGACAGGGUUAAAAUUUGAUAUGCAAUUAUUGAUACAUUCCAAUGUUCCAUACUGAGUGAAGAGUUCCCAUUGUUGUGUAUAUACAGUUUAUAAUUGUGAUUAAAUGUUAUCCAACUGUUUGCCAUUUGAAUUUUAUUUGUAUAUAAUAUAUAUAUUAUGUUAUUGAGAUUUACUUCUAUCUUUUGUUGGAACAUUCAAUUUAAAAUAAAGUGGUUGAAAAAUAUA